GCUACACUAUAAUCGAUACUCCAAAGACAGCAUGUUACGAAAUCUACGAGAUGGCAGAUGGAAAAGCGAAGGAAAUACGAGCUGCACGUCACCUAAACUCCUUAGAUCAGUCGAUCUACGGAACGGUAGCGCUCGCUACGACCAACCCCACUGAAAAUCGUGAACUGGCAUCCAAUAAAACAAGCUACAGAAGGCAUGCCACUAUCCUUGGCUCUCUUAAUACGAAACACGCCCGCCGCCGAAACUUUUAUGCGUUGGUGGCCACCAGACGAAUACGUAAAUCAAUGUCCGACUCGGAACUUGUUUUACACCUGAACUUGAACUUAACAACUUCAUAAUAUCCAACACCCGUCACUCGUUUAGUAUGGCAAGGUUUGGGCAACGGUACUGGCUGCCGUUCCUUCUCACGAUCGCCGGGACACUCGCGUGGCCGAACGGUCCGUUCGUCACCUCGGGCCGAUGGAUUCAGGAUGCCUCCGGCACAACCGUCACCUACGUGGGGGCGAAUUGGCCCGGAUCGCUCGACACUAUGAUUCCCGAGGGUCUGCAGUACCAAUCCGUCGAAUCGAUAGUGCUUCGGAUCGCAAGCUUAGGGAUGAACGCUUUGCGACUCACAUAUGCGACCGAGAUGAUAGAUGAAUACUACGAAAACGGACAGACGGAUAUCACGAUUCGGAAAGCGCUUACGGAUGUUUUGGGUCAGGAGGAUGGCACUUCGGUGUUUAAUAAGAUUCUUACUAAUAAUCCGACUUUCAAUGAGUCGACUACGAGGUUACAAGUUUAUGAUGCCAUUGCGGCGGCGUGCGCGAAACAUGAGAUUUACGUUCACUUGGACAACCAUAUCUCGAAAGCGGGGUGGUGUUGUAGCCCGCUUGAUGGCAAUGCUUGGUGGGGAGAUCAGUACUUCGAUGUUGCGAACUGGACUAGGAGCUUGUCUUUUAUGGCGACACAUGGAAAAUCAUGGUCAAAUCUCAUGUCUAUGUCAUUGCGAAACGAGCUGCGCUCACCGCUAAGCAAUUUCACAUUCGCGGCUGCAAAUUACAACUGGGAGAAUUGGUACAAAUACGUCAAGGAGGGCGCAGACGCCAUCCACAGCGCUAACGGAGAUGUUCUGGUAUUCCUCUCGGGCCUCGCCUCGGAUCAGGAUUUGAGUGUUGUGGUCAAUGGCUCCGCGCUUACCCCAGGAUCCGCUACUUUUAACAAGGAUGACUUUUCAGGCUAUGCAAACAAGCUGGUUCUCGAGUUACAUGCGUACGAUAACAUCUUUGGACCCGGCCCGAGCGAUUGCAAUACCGUGGGAAGCGAGUUGUCUAACGAUGGAUUCGUGGCCUUGACGAGCGACGCCAAGAACAAGUUUCCAGUCGUCUUAACGGAAUUUGGUCUCGAACAGAACGGAACGGCGGCGCAAGACCCUUACGUCAAAUGCUUGUUAAAUUACAUCUCUACCAAGAACGCUGGUUGGAUGAUCUGGCAGAUUGGCGGAAGCUACUAUAUUCGCGAGGGUACUAAGGAUCGCGAUGAGAGCUGGGGUUUAUUGACCCACGACUGGUCGGAUUGGAGGGCAUCGGACUUUGCCAAUGGCUCCCUGACUACUGCGGUGAAGAGCACCGUGAGCAUCAACCCUGACUCGAUUUCGGCCGCCGGCACGUCGGAUAAAAAGUCCGCGGGAACGAAACUGAGGUCUGUCCUCACACCAGGAUUGUUUAACAUAGCACAACAGCUCAUAUUGGUAAUUGGCUUGGUAAUUAUGUUUUACUAGAAUGUUACGAUACUUAACUGGAUAGAUACUGCACUGGGUUUUCGGCGAUUUAGAUCAUAAUAAGUACGGCGUUACGGGCAACAUAACAUACUAAGAU